CGGAGAGCAACUGAACACCUUUCUUGCUGCGAGUUUCUUGCAACAGCUUUGGCGAAGUUGGUAAAGGCAGAGCGCCUAAGACACCGUCAACAGAGAUAUAGUUUGAUAAGAGCAAAGUUGGAUCCGAAGUUGUAGUCCGGUGUUGCGACACUGAAAAAACAACAUAAACAAUCAAUCUGCAUCCAAGGUGAUCACGGAGGAACGAAAAAUUCAGUUUUUGGUGAGUGAGUCCGUACAUACAAAAUACGGAAACGCGAGGAUUUCAAUUCCGCAGCAGGACAUUAUUUCUUGCCGAUCGAAAAAAGGACUCUUUUUGAAUUCCCAAUCCGAUUCACUGACGCCAUCAUCAUCAUACUCCACGCAAAUUAUUGUUUAUCUUCUCUGCGAACCUUCUCGCUCUCAUUGCAUCAUAUUGUUCCCAUAUUGGACGGCAUUGGAAUUUGAUUUCAUUUCAUCGCUUCGUCUUGCCACGAUCGGCUUCUAGGAGAAAAGCAAUUUGAAUCGAUUGGAACAGAUUAUCGCGGUACUUGCAUCAUAUUAUUACGUUUCAUUGAGCAGGCAACGCAACGGGGUUCGAAUUGAACGCAUUGCAUCCAAAAACUUAGCGAUAGCAUCAUAUUCCGAUGAAGAAAAGAUUUCGAGAAACAUUUUCAUUGAAUUAUCGUUCUACAAGCAUUACACAAUUGGAAUUCGGGAGACAAGGAAAGGAAUACACGAAAGAGAACUCAUACAACAACUUUUGCCCGGAAAACAGGACUGGAAAUUAUAUUAUAUAGAUUGAUACCGUUUCGACUGGAGAAAUAUAUUGUUCACGAUGGCAACAAUUCGGCGUGGCCGAAGUUCUCGCUCGGGGGGACGUGGAUCGAUGACAGAGAACAAAUUGCGAACAUCGUCAUCGUCCUCUACGAACCCAGUAGUUUCGGCAUGGGAGUCUAGAAGACGCCGCAACAGCAAGGGUAACCAAAGCGGACACAAUUUCCAAUCCUCUUCGGACUAUGGGGAUGAUUCCAACGAAGGGGAUCUUUCGAGCAACAAACGACGGGGGAAACGAAGCAGCCGGAAAUCAGCCUCAAAUCGCACGGACAAGAAGAAGUUGCCAGACAAGGAGCACGAUCCCUACGACUCAGAUCCCGGUGAAUCCUACCGAGAACACUGUGAACGUAUCCAGGGAGAACAAUCACGAUCUUGUUUGGCCAUGCCAAGGUUUUUGAAAGAUGGAUAUUUCUCGAACAAGCUGAACCAGGGGGCGGCGGUUGGGAAUAAUCCACUCAAAGUCAAGGUAAUGAACAGCAGUGGCGAUCAGGGACAUGGGGACGAUAAAACGGGUGCGACGUCCCCACCGUCGCCCCUGAUAUCCGAGCACGACAUGUCGACACCCCUCGCUCCUAACGAUCCAUCAAAUCCUGCGCACCAACAAUUCCAAACGUCGCGACCGGCGUCUCUGCCACGAGACCUGGCUAGGGUGCGGUACUCGUUGCGAACCAGUAUCGGGGAUGGCACAGAUGCUCAACCAGGGGGUUCGGCGGCCAUGAUGGAACGAAGAGAAUUGCGUCCAAACAACGUACAUAUCAAUGUUAGCCACUGGAGCGAUUUCGGAGGGCGCAAUUACAUGGAAGAUCGGUAGGUCUUUGCUUAGUAAUUUAUGGAUGUAUUGUGAACGUUUGGAAUGUUUGACAACUAUAUUGCAAGAUACAUAUUAUGUCAUAUUUUCUGGUCGCAUUUUAAUAUUUAUUGUAUCUCACACAUUUCAUGGACUUGCCCAUUAUUGAUCACAGAUACGUCAUUGAGGAUAUGGGGGCCGUCCAAGUCGAAGUUUCUCCCGUUCCCUUGGCAACCGAACAAAAAAACGAGGCCGGAGUGGAAGUGACGUACGGACAACGAAAGAAUCGACGUCUCAAGAUGCCGCUGACUUGGUUAGGAAUUUACGACGGACAUGGGGGUGAUAAAGCUAGCCAAUUUUGCUCAGAUUGGAUGUCGAGCUAUGUCAAAAACGAGGAGUCCUAUCCCUUCGAUCUCGGUUACGCCAUGAAGAAUGCCUUCACGUCAAUCGACGAAGACUUUGUGGCAACUGGUCAUCCCGACGGUUCAACUGCAUGUGCCGCUACGUUAGUCGGUGGACGAAGAAUCGUUUGCGCCAAUGCUGGUGACUCCAGGGCAAUCGUUGUACGAAGKGAUGGCACUGUCGUGCGACUAUCGCGUGACCACAAACCGGGGAUGCCCGAUGAAACAAGGCGUAUUAGCGAGUUGGGUGGGAGAGUCAUUUACUGGGGACGAUGGAGAGUAGAAGGACUGUUGGCAGUAUCAAGAAGUGUGGGUGACGCCUCAUUGAAACCUUAUGUAACAGCAGAACCAGAAGUUUGCGAGUAUGACAUUGGCAAAGACGAUUGGUUCCUGGUAAUAUCAUCGGACGGGGUUUGGGAUGUUAUGGAUAACGAAGAGGCUGCACACGUAGUCAUAGCAAGUUCGUGCGUGAUGGAAGAGGGAAGACUCAAGAUCGAUACAAAUCGAUUCAAAUGGGCAGCUAGGAACUUGUGCGAUCAUGCAAAAUCAUGCGGCUCCACAGACAACUUUUCUUGUGUCGUGGUCGAUCUGAAGUCGUGCGGCAAUCCUCAUGCGAAAUCGGGGAUGUAUUCACCCUGAACGAAACUUUUGAUAUUUUUGAUAACUUGGAUCAUGUCCGAUACCUAGGUGUAAUGAAUAAUAGAUGGUAUGAAUACAA